AUGGCGGAAACUGCUGGACCGCCAGCAUCAAAACCAGCAGCAGCUCGCCGCCCCAGCACGCUGUCUGAAAUCCGGAGGUCGGUCAAGUCCAGGCUUCGCCACCUCCCGUCGCCGUCGUCCUCAUCACACCCGCACCUGCGUGACAAGACGGCCGGUGCAGAAGGCGACGAGGCUAACGGCUACGACAUCCAGGCCGAGCUGGUCAGCAGAGACAAGGCGAGGCAGAAGGAGGCCGUGCGACGUUACCUCCAGGCAAAGGUCAGAAAUGACUGGGUCUUUGAGUGGCCGCCUAGGGUCCCGCCGUCUUCUCCCCCCGCUGCCGCCACGGUCCCCAAGACACCAGCAACGGUGGAGGGGACGCUUGUGACUGGCAGCACAUCUGAAGCUGCGGAUGUGGUGGUGGUGGUGGCGGGGAAUUCCAGCAGUGGCCAUCAUGACAUAGAUCAUGCUGGGCCCUCUGAGAAACCACCACCACAAAACCCUGUUGUCGACGAGGACAACGACGAGGAGGAGAUUGCCGUCCAACCACCUGCAGCUGUCGAAGUUCUGGAGGCUGUGGAAACGGAUGAGCCAAUCGACUCAGGCGCAGAAGCAGAUUCAGAUACCGAGUCAAUCUACAGCGUCAUAUCAGAAGACCCAUCACAGUACCGUCCCCGGGCAGAGUGGACAUCGGACAUCUCGGACGACGACGGUAACACCUUUAUGCCAUCCGGUCCAGCCGUCACACCCUCACCCUUCCGCUUUGACAGCCCCGAUUCAGUCGGCAUUUCCGUGCAGGCGACCUCGCAGGCGGGACGCGAAAAGCGACGCCGAGCGGAUCGCGACGAGAUGGCUUGGAACGAAGGGCUCGCGUGCUUCAAUGCGAGGAGGGAUGCCUGGACCGGUGCCAGGACGGUGCGACUCAAGCCUAGACCGCUCGUCAGCCCCACAAGCCCGACCAGUCCUAGGCGGAGGGAUAAGUUGUUCCGCUUCAGGUCGAGCCACGGCGAGGGCGAAGCUGUCGUGCUUGCGUCGCCGACCUCGACCACCACUACGGCUAGCAGUAUCACCACGGCAAAGGCCCAUCCAACAUCAAGCCUGAAGUCAACAACGGCAACCACCACAGGCAUCGAAACCCUCACCCCACCCGCAUCUGAUGGCGACUCCAUCCUCUCACCGGUAGCAACCAACAAAUCCCACUCACUAAACACCACGGGGACCGGGAGCAACCCUGACCCGUCCACUUACCCGAUCGAAACCAUCCUCCCCGUCCCCCCACCGCUUCUCCCUCCCAACAACCCGAUGCGGGCUAGCAUCACCCCAGCGUUGUACCUGUCCAUCUACGACAAGGUAGUCGCCGCGGCUGCGCAGCCUUCCUGCCCAAUCAACCUGUCAGAUAUGAUACGCUCGUGCGUGGCGGCCUGGAAGCGCGACGGCGAGUGGCCACCCCGCCCCUCCAAUAUGAUGGGCCUGGGACACGACCCGAUGAUGCCGGGCGUCAUGAUGCCCAACGCUGCGGGAGUUGCGGCCGCUGCGAGGGCGAGGCGGAGGGUCGAAAAGGAGAGGGAGCAAAGGCGGCAGGAGCUGAUGAGGAAGGAGGCCGCUGCUGCUGCUGCUGGUAGUGGUGGUGGUGGUGGUGGUGGUGGAGGCGGCGGCGGACACGGGAGAAGGAUGAGCUUUGCGGGCCUAAUCGGCCGGCGCAACAGCGCUGCUGGUGUCGAGGGGGGCGAAGGUGGUGCGAAUCAUGCGACAGGCGAGGAGGAGAGAUCGGGCAUUAGGAGGAGCUUUAGAAAGAUCUUGCACAUAGGCCACCACGCGCCUGCACCUGCAUCUGCACCAUCGCCUACAGCCGCACCAGGGGCCGGGGCUUAA